GUUAUUCAGUUUUUUAUAAGUAUUCUUUUUGAUUCAAAUUGAUAAAUACAAAAAUUAAUUAAAAUUUCCACUAUAAAAUAGAGAUUGAGAAUGAUUGAUAUAAGUGACGAUGAAGAAGUAAACAAAAAGUGUUUUAAAUAUCGACAUAAAUUGACGGAUAGUUUGAAUAUAAUUUACAAUGCAUCCAAUUCUACGUUAUGUUUAUGGAACAAAUACCAAAUUUUUAUUCACGAACAUUUAAAUUUCGAAGAUGCAGCCAAAAUCAUAAUUCCCGAGUUUCAAAUCAGAGAAUCUUUGCUGAUAGAUAACUACCUUCUUUGCUUAGAUUAUAGUAAUAAUGUGCAUUUAAUCUCUUUAAAAUUUAAACAUUCAGCUACAAAAAGACUCAAAAGUUCUUUUUCUCCCAGAGACCAAAAUAUAUUAACCAUGAAAAACAUUGGCAGUGAUGUGAUAUGUCUCAAACAGGAAAAUGGAAUUUGUUAUAUAUGUUCAUACAGAAUGAAGGUAGACUUUCAACUAACUAGAAACCAAGAAAUUCCUUUGAAAAAUAAAUUUGACAAUAAAGAAUGUCUACUUUACCUACAUGCACUUUCUCUACAGGAAUUUGAUACUAUAAAGGAAAUGUUUAAUUGCCAAGAUUGUGCUUGGAAGGACCAUUAUUUAAUUAUAAUAAGCUUUGACAAAAUGACAAUGUUCAGUUGCUUAUUUACAUACCAGGAUAAUAAUGAAGUCACUUUUAUCAAACUGUAUGUUUGUCCAACUGAAAUAGCUGAUGUCAAAAUUUUGAAUCGGAACCAUCCUCAAGUGCUAAUUGCCCUUUCAUCUGGUACAAUUAUAAAAUUAGAUUUAAAUAAAGAAAAGUCACAUAGAAUUGUCCAUAUGAAUAGCAGUAUAGAUAAAUUUCAAGAAAAUAAUGAUUCUAUGUUAUAUUCCGAUGGUGCUGUGAUGUGGAAAGCAGAUGAUAUAUAUGAAAACAAUAUUUCUUUUAGACAAUUAUUUGUAAAGCAAGUUAAGGAUUUUGUGAAAUGCAACGACCAAAUAGUUUGUACUACCUACACAAAAUUUAUUUACAUAUUUCCAAUUGAUGAUGAAUCUUCAUAUUUGAAGCCUGUUACCAAUGAAGAAUAUUGUUCAGCAGAACUUUUAUUAAACAAUACACACUACUUAGAAAGAAUAUUACAUGAAGUUAAUAAAAUGGAAGAACUCAUUAAGGAAAUUAAUGAAGAAAAGAAUCAUGUAACUGCUUUAGCACUGUCAAAUAAGCAAGAUCUAAUGGAUACUAUAAUCCAUUAUAAAGUUACUGUUUUCGAUGAUUAUCAUGAUAUUCUAAACAUAGAUAAUGUAUUAAUAUAUGCUGAUGAUCCCAAAGAUAUAUUUCGUAAAGACUCUUAUUACUUCUUGAUAAAUAUUACAACUUCACACCUUCAACAUAACUUCAAAGAAAUCCUUUCAAAUUUAUUUGGCGACCUUAGAAUACAUAUAACAUUACUAACAGAUGAAAAUAUUUUAAAAACGACUACAGUAAAGGUUCAAGGAGAACUUAAAAAAAUUGACAUUGUAGUAGCAUUGAGAACUAAAUAUUUGGACCUGAAGAAAAAGUUUUUUAUUAAUUUACAACUUGUUACAAGAAUACCAGGUGUUUUAGAUAUAAAACAAAACCUAUGGACAUGUUUGCAUGAAAAAUAUAUACCCCUAACAUCUGAAUACUUUAUACAAAGGAGAAAAACUUCAAAACAUGUUUACUUGAAGAAGAAUGGAAAUGAACUAAAAGACUUAAUUUUUGAAACAGUUGAUAAUCGUUUUGGUACUUUAUUUAGUAUUGCAAAAAAUCCUAUGAAAAUUAGGAAUGAGUGGGUGUUUUAUGUGAAAUUGCCUAGUGAUUACAAGCAGAUAUUUAACACAUGUAAUAUGGAGGAUAUUUUUGAUAAAAGAAAAUGUGAAUAUAUAAAAGAACUCAUCUCAAGUGAAGAUUUUUUGAAAUCUCAAACUACCCUCCAAUUUAGUAUAAGCAACGAAAAAGCUAACAUCGAAAUAUUAAACGAUGGUUUUUCUCGACCUGUAUUAAAAGUAUCCAGUACUCAUGCAAAAGUAGCGCUAGAUAUUCGUAAUUUUAUGGCUCAAAUGCUCUCUAAUGGUUUUGUCGGUUUACCCCAAGAGAUGGUUGUGAACUGGUCUUUAUACUCAGUCGUUGAGACUUUACAGAGAGCUGUUAAGGACUGUCUAAUGAAAAGAAACGCUGCUGAAGAAUUUUUCGAUUUACAUCAUACUUUUCAAAGAAACAUAAUAGCAAAUUUACCAAUUUCUCACGUGUUUUAUUUUUCACUAGAAGAUCGCCCCGGCUUCGCCCGAGGUAAAAAUGUAGCUUAA